CCUCCCCCACACCAGACCCAGAUGGAACCCCCUGCCGGUGAGUGGGAGAUGGUCCCGCCUCCAGGGAACCCUCGCCUGCGUCACAAAGGAGGCCCGGAAGCCUCAGUGGAACCCCACCUGAAGCCACUGCUCUCCGGCCCUGGGAGCCCUCCCACCUGGCCCCAGCUCACGGGAGCUCUAGGCCAGCCCGACCCAGCCUUCUGAGACCUGCCCGUGGGACGAGGCCGCCCCCAAGUGACCUGAAGAGACUUGGCGAUGGGGAAGCCCGAGAGCCCCGUAGGGAUGGUGGAGAUUGCCGGCUGGUCGGGACAGAAGCGCCCGGGCCUCCUGGAGGGGGGGCUGCUGCUGCUGCUGCUGCUGCUGAGUGUCGCCCUGGUGGCCCUGGGCCUCCUCUACGCCGCCCGCGGCGGAGGGAAGCAGCCGCCAUCCUUUCCUAGCCGGCUGUGCUUCUCAGAGGACGAGAGGACCCUUGUAAAACGAAAACCCCGAGCCAUCCAACGGCCCCAGGUGAUGGGUGAAAUCUGCACCACCCCCGGCUGCGUGGUAGCAGCUGCCAGGAUCCUCCGGAACAUGGACCCGUCCGGGGAACCGUGUGACGACUUCUACCAGUACGCGUGCGGAGGCUGGCUGCAGCAUCACGUGAUCCCCGAGACCAACUCCCGGUACAGCGUCUUUGACGUCCUUCGAGAGGAGCUGGAGAUCAUCCUCAAAGGAGUGCUGGAGAAUUCCACCGCCAAGGACAGGCCGGCUGUGCAGAAAGCCAAGAUGCUGUACCGCUCCUGCAUGAACGAGAGCGUGAUAGAAAAACGAGACUCGCGGCCCCUGCUGAACAUCUUGGAUCUCAUGGGCGGCUGGCCGGUGGCCAUGGACAAGUGGAACGAGAGCGUAGGCCCCAAGUGGGAGCUGGAGCAGCAGCUGGCCCUGAUGAACGCGCAGUUCAACAGGCGCGUCCUCAUCGACCUGUUCGUCUGGAACGACGACCAGAACUCCAGCCGGCACAUCAUCUACAUAGACCAGCCCACCUUGGGCAUGCCGUCCCGAGAAUACUAUUUCGACGAAGGCAACAACCACAAGGUGCGGGAAGCGUACCUGCAGUUCAUGGUGUCAGUGGCCGCGAUGCUGCGGGCGGACAUGAACCUCCCCGAGAACGGCUACCUGGUGCGGGAGGACAUGGCGCAGGUGCUGGAGCUCGAGACGCAGCUGGCAAACGCCACGGCCCCGCAGGAGGAGAGGCAUGACGUCACCACUCUGUACCACAGGAUGGGCCUGGAGGAGCUCCAGAACAAGUUUGGCCUGAAGGGGUUUAACUGGACCCUCUUCAUACAAUCUGUGCUGUCCUCUGUCAAAAUCAAACUGCUGCCAGAUGAGGAAGUAGUGGUGUAUGGCAUCCCCUACCUCCGGAACCUUGAAGACAUCAUCGAUGUCUACUCAGCCAGGACCAUGCAGAACUACCUGGCCUGGCGCCUGGUGCUGGACCGCAUUAGUAGCCUGAGCCAGCGAUUCAAGGAUGCGCGAGCUAACUACCGUAAGGCGCUCUAUGGCACGACCGUGGAGGAGGUGCGCUGGCGAGAAUGUGUCAGCUACGUCAACAGCAACAUGGAGGGCGCCGUGGGCUCCCUCUACGUCAGGGAGGCCUUUCCCAGAGACGGCAAGGAUGCGGUCAGAGAGCUCAUUGACAAGGUGCGGGCGGUGUUCGUGGAGACCCUGGAUGAGCUGGGCUGGAUGGACGAGGCAUCCAAGAAGAAGGCCCAGGAGAAGGCCAUGAGCAUCCGGGAGCAGAUCGGGUACCCAGACUACAUCCUGGAGGAGAGGAACAAGCACCUGGAUGAGGAGUAUUCCAACCUGAACUUCUCGGAGGACCAGUACUUUGAAAAUGGUCUUCAGAACCUCAAGGCUGGUGCCCAGCGGAGCCUCAAGAAGCUUCGGGAGAAAGUGGACCAGAACCUCUGGAUCAUCGGGGCGGCCGUGGUUAAUGCAUUCUACUCCCCAAACCGAAACCAGAUAGUAUUCCCCGCUGGGAUCCUGCAGCCCCCCUUCUUCAGCAAGGAGCAGCCACAGGCCUUGAACUUCGGGGGCAUUGGGAUGGUGAUCGGGCAUGAGAUCACUCACGGCUUUGACGACAACGGCCGGAACUUCGACAAGAACGGCAACAUGCUCGAUUGGUGGACCAACUUCUCAGCACAGCACUUCCAGGAGCAGUCAGAGUGCAUGGUCCACCAGUACGGAAAAUACUCCUGGGACCUGGCCGACCACCAAAACGUGAACGGGUUCAGCACCCUCGGGGAAAACAUCGCUGACAACGGAGGAGUGCGGCAGGCAUAUAAGGCUUACCUAAAGUGGAUGGCAGACGGUGGCAAGGACAAGCAGCUGCCAGGACUGGAACUGACCUACGACCAGCUUUUCUUCAUCAACUAUGCCCAGGUGUGGUGCGGGUCUUACCGGCCUGAGUUCGCCGUACAGUCUCUCAAGACCGACGUCCACAGCCCCCUGAAGUACAGGGUGCUGGGCUCGCUGCAGAACCUGGCGGCUUUCGCGGACGCCUUCCACUGUGCCCGGGGCACCCCCAUGCACCCGCGGGAGCGAUGCCGCGUCUGGUAGCCCUCGCCAGCCGCACUGUGGCCACGCCCACCCGCCGCGGGAGGCCAGGCGGCCCUCGCACGUGCAGCUGGAGCCACGGGCAAGGCCAACGUGCACACGCGGCCCGUCCCGCGCGGGGCCCGGAGCGCAGCCGCGGCCCCAGCCCCCAGGGCAAGCGGUGACUGCCCGGCGCCCUCCGUGCCUGCGGUGAGGGGCAGGGUGCCCCAGCCCUGUAGACGCGUUUACCUGUCUGCACCCUCCCCAAACAUCCCAGUCAGCUGUCCAUGAGCUUCAGACUUGAGCUAAGUAAAUGCUUCAAAGAAGAA